AGCUGGGCAAGGAUAUGUGUGAAAAAUGAAUUAACUUUUAGGUAGAUAUUUCUAAAGAGUGUAUUUGAGCCUAUUGAUGCUACAAUGGUGAGAGAACAUCAGAUUCAUGGUUUUGAGACCCAUCUUGCAAAAUAUCUCAUGCUGGGGAUGAUUUUAAUACCUCUGAGAGCCAGCCCUGGGUAUGGAAUGCUUUUAUUUCUUUGGAGUGUUCAUUGCAGGCAGUUCUGUGUAACGGGAUUUUUACAGAGCAUGGAAGAUGCCUCUAGGGGAAGCCUCCAUUUUGAUUGCUGUGCCUAACUCGACUAAUUCUGAUCCUCCUGAGUUUGCUGUCAGGUUUUUAAGAUGCUGAAAUGUGUUUUCCAAGGUCCUGUGUGUGCUAUUUUUUUACUGAGAAUCUGGAAAAUAACUUGGGUUUUUGUGGGGUUUGGUGCUAAAUAGGUUUGACUGUGGGAAGCACACAUUGUUGCAAAGAUGAAGCAUGCAAUUAAAGUUUUUUCUUAAUAAUUUGAGAAGAUUUAAAUAUGUGUCAAAUGAAAUUCCACAGUCAAGGAACCAAAGCAGUUGAAUGGAUUGCCCAUAAAUUUCUUUGGCAUGAAGUGUGACUGCCUCUGAACCACAAUCCAGAAAGAAGAAACAAUCCUCUUGGUUGGAGUUGAACAUUUGUCCCUAAGAAUAAGAACAAAACCAUGCCCGUGCUUUCAGAAGACUCAGGUUUGCAUGAAACUUUGGCUCUUUUGACAUCUCAGCUAAGACCUGAUUCAAAUCAUAAAGAGGAAAUGGGGUUCCUUAGGGAUGUCUUCAGUGAAAGGAGUCUCAGCUACCUGAUGAAGAUUCAUGAAAAGCUCCGUCAUUAUGAAAGGCAGAGUCCAACUCCUGUUUUACACAGUGCAGCAGGAUUAGUUGAAGAUGUAAUAGAAGAAUUGCAGACAGCACCAGUGAAUAAUGAAGAAAAAGAGCUGCUUCAGCUGUUGUCAACACCACACCUCAGGGCAAUGCUUGUAGUGCAUGACACUGUAGCACAGAAGAACUUUGACCCAGCUCUUCCACCUCUACCUGAUAAUUUUGAUGAUGAUUUUGAUGAGGAAUCAGUGAAAAUUGUUCGGCUAGUGAAAAAUAAAGAACCCUUGGGAGCUACCAUCAGAAGAGAUGAGCACACAGGAGCUGUGAUUGUAGCAAGGAUCAUGAGAGGUGGUGCAGCUGAUCGCAGUGGUCUUGUCCAUGUUGGAGAUGAACUAAGAGAAGUCAAUGGUAUUACUGUGCUUCACAAACGACCAGAAGAAAUAAGUCAGAUUUUGGCUCAGUCUCAAGGGUCAAUAACACUGAAGAUAAUUCCAGCCAUCAAAGAAGAAGAUCGUCUAAAAGACAGCAAGGUGUUUAUGAGGGCACUUUUCUGCUAUAACCCCAAAGAAGACAAAGCCAUUCCUUGCCAGGAAGCCGGGCUGCCCUUCAAGCGACGCCACGUGCUGGAAGUUGUGAGCCAGGAUGAUCCCACGUGGUGGCAAGCCAAGCGUGUUGGGGAUACCAACCUCAGAGCAGGCUUGAUCCCCUCAAAACAGUUCCAAGAAAGACGACUGACUUACAGGAGAACAACAGGCACUCUGCAGAAUACCAGAACUCUGAAGAAACCAUUAUAUGAUCAGUCUUCUGACAAAGAAGACUGUGACUGUGAAGGAUAUUUCAAUGGACACUACAUAGCUGGUUUACGCAGGAGCUUCAGGUUGAGUCGAAAAGAGAAGGAAACCAGUGGCAGUGAAGGCAAGCAAGCAGAGCAGGCAGAUGGAGCAGAGUUCCUCACAUAUGAAGAAGUCACAAAAUAUCAGCAACAGCCUGGUGAACAGCAGAGGCUGGUGGUUUUGAUUGGUUGUUUGGGGGCCAAGUUAAGUGAGCUGAAGCAAAAAGUUGUGUCAGAGAACCCCCAGGAGUAUGGUGUUGCAGUUCCACAUACAACAAGGUCAAGGAAAAGCCAUGAGAGAGAGGGAGUAGAAUACAAUUUUGUUUCUAAGCAAUCAUUUGAGACAGAUGUGCAGCAAAACAAAUUUGUGGAACACGGAGAGUACAAAGAAAAUUUGUAUGGCACAAGUCUGGAGGCAAUCCGGUCUGUGAUGGCCAAGAAGAAGGUUUGUUUGGUGGAUGUGGUACCUGAAGCUGUAAAGCACUUGAGGACUCCUGAGUUUAAGCCUUAUGUUAUCUUUGUGAAGCCUCUCAUUUCAGAAAAGAAAAAACAUGUCUUAAAAUCUCACAUGUCAGAAGAAAUCUCAUCCCCUCUCCAGGAUGAAGAACAGCAGGAAAUUAUAAAUUCAGCAGCAUUCAUUGAAGAGCACUAUGGCCAUUUAAUUGACACUGUACUGGUGAAAGAAGAUCUCCAGAGUGCAUGUAAUGAGCUGAAAACUGUGUUAGAUAAACUAAACAAGGAUUCAUUUUGGGUGCCAGUCAGCUGGGUUAGGUCAUAGCUUGUUACCAUGUUUAAGGGAAAGACUGUAUAAAAUGUUCUGUAAAUACAUAAAUUAGAAAAGGGAAGUUUGCUUGAAUUUGAAUUUGAACAUUGAAUUUGCUUCAAAACUGCUGGUUUUACCCAGAAGGCAAUAAAUAAAGACUGUAUGAGGAAAGACUAAACAAAGUCAUAGCCUUUCUGAGUCAAAAUUUUGAAUAGCAGCUGUCAUUUAGAAGUUGAUUCUGAGACCAAAUAAGCCAGUCCAGUCUUUUACUGAUCUUCAGACUGGAAAUAGUGCUGAGGGUCCCACACUUCCAAAGCAUUUUGUGCUGAGAUACUAACACGAUGGAAGGUUUGUCCUUUGGCCACAAAUUUUGUGGCUAGGUUUAAAACCUCAGAAUAAAGUGCCCCUUGGGAACAAGCUCCUUCAGCUGGGUGGGAAGUGUUCUUUGGAGAGAGGUUUCACCAUGCCAGUUUAACUGGCCAGCAAAACAUGCUUCCCUUCACACAGAAGCAUUAAUUGUAAAUCCUCUAGUUAGGCACUAAAAACCAGCUUUAGAAGGGGUUUUUUAUGUCCAUCACCUUUCCCAGUGCUCCAGAUUGCCUUGCACAGGUCACAGGUUUUGUCUGCUCAUGCACAGCUUGUGCCAACUUUCCCAGUCACAAAUGCUGAACAACCUCUGAGUGUACCUGUAUGACUGCCCAGCUCCUGAAACCUAGAUUUUUGUAGUGUACAUGAAAACAACUGCAUAUGGUUCUAAAACAGGACAUUUGAGGUUCUGUUUCUGCAAAACCCCUUUGCCUGUGCUACCUGGUGGGACACAGCCUUGACACCAAUGGAACAGCUCCAAAAAGGGCACUGAAAGGAGGAGCUACAGGUCAAAAUCAUCCUCUUCCAGCAUUUAUGCACUAAAAGGAGGAGCUACAGGUCAAAAUCAUCCUCUUCCAGCAUUUAUGCACUAAAAGGAGGAGCUACAGGUCAAAAUCAUCAUCCUUCCAGCAUUUAUGACUACUUCUGUUCCAAAUCUGAUGAAGGUUUCCAGAGCAUCUAAUUGGCCUGAAGAAGAAAACUGUUAGAGGACCUUGAAUAUAUUUGGGGAGACUUGAAUCUACAGUAUUUUUGAGUGGGUCUUAGGAAGAUGCAGAGAUGAUUCUGGAAGUAGCUGUGCUUUAUCCUCGGGGGAUUUAAGGGGAGAGCAUUGUACAGGUGCAUGUUAGCUGUAACUAGUUCCUGUUUUCACUUGCCUGCUGAGGUCUGAUAUUUCCUGUGUAUUGUGCCCUUUAAACAAGACCUUUUGGUGUACCAGUCCUGUUACAGAUAAUGUUCUUCUUGUUCCAUGGCAUUUAGCAGAACUAAAGUUGCAUAUUAAAAGCACAUUUCUUACAUACCAGUGUCACUGAAUCUACAUUAUGUCAAGCCCAAAAAAAGCUGUGUAGAAGAAUCACCCUCAUCCAUCUUCUCCAAAUGAGAACUUUCAUGUCUGGUCCUGCCCACAGGCAUUGAGGUUCUGUUCCCACUGCUACAAAAACAAGAACUUUUCCCAGGCAGGUCCCUGCACUUGUCAGUGCUGCAGCCUGGUGACCUCAAAAAAUGCUGAGGACUCCUCCACAUGCAGUGGGCUCUGCAACCAUGUGCUAGAGCACAGCCACCAAAAAGGAUUUGGCUUCUUAGAAAGGCAAUUUGUGACAGAUGUACCUUGAUCCUAUGAAAAACUGAAGGAAAUAUUUUAAAAAUUAUUUCAGUAAUAGCAUUUCAAACUAAGUCAGUUUAUGAAAAUAAUAAAUGGCCAGAUUGAUCUCACCCUAGGUCUGUAUUUCAGGUUACAAACAGAUUUUUAGAACAUAUUUAGAAGAUUCAGAUUUAAGUUAAAAAGCUAAGGGUCAGAAUUUAUUUAAAGCAAGGUUGCUAUCAUAACAUCUUAAAAUAUUUUGCCUGACUAGCAGUAAAUGCAGCUGUAUGUUUGCUUUAUGAUCUAACGUAGUCUAAAUAGUAGAAAUAUGCAUUAACAGAAGCAAGGCACGAGUAACAUCUGAAAUUUUCAGUUAUUUUAAUGUAAGUUAGGAAAAUACAAUAUAGCAAAAUACAAUAUUGCCAUUAAAAGUGUAAAAGACAAAAGGGGAACUUCAUAGUGGGAUUGGUGACAGACUCACCCUAGUGCAAAGUCUCCCAUAGGCAGCACAUUUUCUGUGAAAUUGAAUUUUAUCAAUUUCUGGUAAAUAUUUUUAUAAAUUCUGAUAAAAUUUUUAAUUUUAUCUGUGGUUUCUGGAAGAGAAUAAGGGUUUGCAGAGAUUCUCAGUGACUGCAAAACCACAGUCAUGGUGUGACAGCCCAAAAUGAUGAGUGCAUCCCAUCCCUGAGCCUCAGUGCAAAGAGAACAGCACAGGGUCAGCUUCAGUGUCCUGCACUUUUCCUGGUAAGUGUUAAAAUACAAAUCCUCUUCAUCACAGCCCUAAAAUUAACCAGUAACUCAGAUUACUGUCUGGGGACAUGUAGCAAUUUUGACUUUUUAAAAUCAUCCAAAAUCAGGAAAUUCUGUCCACUGAUCAAACUCCUGCUGAGUAACCACAUGAUGGUAACUUGGGUGCCUCAAAGCCUCCCAUGCCAUCCAAGGGAAAAGAAGCUUCUCAAUAAUAUUCCAGAAUUGAAUACCACCUAAUUUAUGCUAAGGCAGGAAUUCCAGCAGAAAGUCCACGUUGAAUGUCAUGCAGCAAAGCACAAUUCUCUAAGCAGCACUAUGAUUUAAUAGUGAAAAAUCUGAGAGCUACCAAAAAAAUACCUGCAGACAGCAGCUGUGCAAAAGGGAAGGAGAAACUGUAUUUUGUUAAUGAAUAAAAAUGUAUUUUGCUAAUGAGUUUGUGUUUUGGAUCUCCACAACUGAUGGCACAUCAAACAUGGCACAGAUGGGUGUUUGGAAUCUCAUCCCCACCCUUUUUGUUCCCUCCAGUCAGGCAGAACAGCCAGCUGCACAUUUAAAUAAGUGCACAGUAGGCACCACAAAAGCCUUUAUUCUGCUGUGCUGAUGGUUCCAUGAGCUGCACUCCCUUUUUCCCUGUGCCCUUAUCCCAGAGAUCUGGAGUCUGCAGGAUCUUUAUGACCAGCUCCUCAAAGGCAUGCUGCACUCCAUCCUGUGUCUUGGCACUGGUCUCU